AUGGGCUGGGUAGGGGUCGCCACGCUUAUUGCCACAGCAUGCUUCCUGCUCUACCGUUACCCUCCCGCUAAUUGGGCUCCUGAGCCAUCUACACCAGAGCCACCACCGAAGUCACACCCCACGAAGCCCCCUACGCCUCAGCUCACGGAAGACUCAAAAGCCAGCGGCUCCGUCAAUCCGCUCGAAGAGGAGCACGACCCUGAAAAUGAGUCCCAGACAACUCCCAAGGCAUCCGCAUCAAAGGCGCCUGUGCUCGAAGUACCCUCCUUCCAACUAGACAACGCCGCGGACCGAUCAAGCCCCUCAGAGAAGUCCCAACCCGACCACGAGGCGCAGAAUGGAUCGAUAAGAUCACCAUCUCAGCCCCCAGUCCAGACAAAGAUGGGGGACAACGUUCUCAUGCCACCGCCCCCUGUCCCUCAACAACCUACUGCAUCAGCUACAACCUCCUCGCUCAUGCCUCCCCCUGCCCCACCUCGAUUGCCAUCCUUGCGUGUUCCGCCCAACAACCGUCCGACCAACAACAGCCUCGCACCAACAAAGGUCAUCGCCAAGCCGUCAAAAUCAGCCAAAAGAGCCGUCCUGGAACCGGGAUACUCGCCGCUGGACUGGGCCGCGCUCACCUCCAAUCCCAACAACAAUCUGCGGGGCGCCAACCUACCCCCGACGUUGGUCCGGGUCACACCCUCCAUGCUGAAGGCACAGAACGGUCGGAAGGGCACCGAUGCGUGGACAUCAUAUCAGGGGAAGGUCUACAACAUAACGCCAUACCUCCCUUUCCACCCCGGUGGGAAGGGCGAGCUGCUUCGUGGCGCGGGAAAAGACUCGGGGCAACUCUUCUUCGAAAUCCAUCCGUGGGUGAACUGGGAUGCCAUUCUGGGCGAAUGUCUCGUCGGAAUCCUCGUUUCGGAGAACGACGACGAGGUAACCGAGAAUAAGUUGGAUGCGAUGGAUUGA